AUGCGCUUUUCCUCAUACACGGCUCUGGCCGCCUGGGCAUUGGUUGCCGCAUAUGCUUCCCUCCCGCAAGCCGCACAAGCGCAUUUGCUCCCUGCCAACCAAUUCGCAAACAACGACCGUCCGGAUGCUGAGCUGCACGCUCAUCGCAGGCUAGCGUCUGGUCGACGCGUCGACUCUCCUUUUGGCUCCGGUUGCGUGGGCACAACCAGCAUCUGCGCGCUCUCUCACUCAUCUGCAGACCGUUCGGAGCGCGCGACGUUGCGUCGCGAGAUCCCCCCAACCCUCUGGCAAGUCGCUGAGGACAUGGAGUGGGAACGCAGUCAACGUGAGGCCACUGCCGGUGUCCGUCUCGAGAAGUUCCUGGAGCGUCUGGGUGGAGAAGGCGAGACCCAUCAGAAGAAGCUGACUUGGUCGCAAGAGGAGCUCAUCAGACGCCAAAAACUUGAUGAAAAGCGUAUUCAGACGGAGCGCGCUGCGAACGAGAAGCUGCGCAAGCUCGAGCGCGAGGAAGAGGAGGCCGACCGUCUUCGCGAACUUGGAUGGAAGCGUUUGCUGGUCGCUGCCAACGAACCGGCCAAACUCGCGGCUGAUCGCGACAUCAUCAACCCCCGCCACGGUGGAAACAAGCGCAACAGCAGCCGCAAAUUGACCCGUCAAGAACGUCUCGAGCUUGCUUCUUGGCACCACGAGCUGCGCGAACGCAUGUCGCGUCAGUUCGAGACCGAUGUCGAAGUUCAACCAGAAUGGAUUCGCAGCUUUGACGCCGACAUGCUCAAGUACAAUGGUGUCGACUUGCCGUCGCUGCUCAAGAAGCGGAGCGUGCCCAUCGCUGAGCGUGCUCCGGCACAGAACAUCGUCACCGCCUUCCGUCCUGAUCGCUAA